UCUCUUUCCUCGAUUUUCGUCUCUCUUUGAUUCUGCUACCCUUCUUCUUAUCUCCAUCUCCCACUCUCUUAUAUAUAUAUAUAUAGUUUACAACCCAUUUUUUGUUCAGUUAAUUAUUUUCAUACUAAUCUCUCCCCUUCUAUUCUGCAACCAUGGCGAAAGAUGCAGUUAGGGUUCUUGUCACCGGGGCUGCUGGCUAGAUGCCAGGCAGAGGGUUUAUGGGUUCUUUGCUUCGGGGUGAAGAGUUGGAUUUUCUUGUGGGCUUUGUGUUGGUAUCUCCACACAUGCACGUUGUUGUGGUGGUGUUGCUGUGGAUUCUUUCUUUGUUUAAUCGUAUGCGUGUGAUUGAAAUUAAAAGCAGUGGUUUUUUGUGUUGGGUCAUGGGCAUAUAUAGGGGGAUUGCAGUGGUUAUGUUUGUGUAAUUGCUGUUGAGAAAUGGAAUAUGAUAUAGUGCUUCAGAAAAGUGUUGUGGUGCUGGUUUGUGUUUAUUUGCUUUGGAGGAUCAUCAGAUAUAUAUGGAGCUUCGCUAAUGUAGAAAAGGAGCCCGUUAUUGUUCUUGUUACUGGUGCUGCAGGGCAAAUAGGGUAUGCUCUUGUUCCAAUGAUUGCUAGAGGGCUCAUGCUUGGCCCAGAUCAGCCUGUCAUUCUGCACAUGCUUGAUAUUGAACCUGCUGCUGAGGCCCUGAAUGGAGUGAAAAUGGAGCUGAUUGAUGCUGCCUUUCCUCUUCUCAGAGGAGUUGUUGCUACCACAGAUGCCAUUGAAGCUUGCAAAGAUGUCAAUAUUGCAGUUAUGGUUGGUGGAUUCCCUCGGAAGGAAGGAAUGGAAAGGAAGGAUGUGAUGAAGAAAAAUGUAUCAAUUUAUAAGGCUCAAGCUUCAGCCUUGGAGCAACAUGCUGCUCCAAAUUGCAAGGUGCUGGUGGUUGCUAACCCAGCAAACACCAAUGCACUUAUUUUGAAGGAAUUCGCUCCUUCAAUCCCAGAGAAAAAUGUUACCUGCCUUACUCGACUUGACCAUAACAGAGCCCUUGGUCAAAUCUCGGAGAAGCUGUUUGUCCAUGUUGGUGAUGUGAAAAAUGCUAUCAUCUGGGGCAAUCAUUCUUCAACUCAAUACCCGGAUGUCAAUCAUGCAACUGUCUCCACCUGCAAUGGAGAGAAACCAGUUAGAGAACUCAUUGCUGAUGAUAAUUGGAUAAACACCGAGUUCAUCACCACUGUGCAGCAGCGUGGGGCAGCCAUCAUCAAAGCUCGGAAACUAUCAAGUGCAUUAUCUGCCGCAAGUUCUGCUUGUGAUCACAUACGCGAUUGGGUUCUUGGAACUCCCAAGGGAGCAUGGGUCUCUAUGGGAGUGUACUCAGAUGGUUCUUAUGGGAUCCAACCAGGCAUCAUCUACUCUUUUCCUGUUACCUGUGAGAAAGGGGAGUGGUCCAUUGUGCAGGGGCUGAAGAUCGAUGAAUUUUCAAGAGGAAAGAUGGAUGCCACAGCCAAAGAGCUCAUGGAGGAGAAAGCAUUGGCCUAUUCAUGCCUCAACUGAAAAUGCCUUAAUGCUUCCAAGGCAAAAAAAUAAAAAAUAAAAAAUAAAAGAGGAGAUUCAAUACAAAUCAAUAAACCAAAAUAAAUAAAUAAAUAAAUAAGAAAAGUUUAGUAUGUAAUGAAUAAGCAUCCACCAUUUUUAAGUGCUGUGAUUAGGGCCUUCUUAUGUUAUGGGUUGGAUUCUAGGCCUGCUAUGCUUGAUUUGGUAUGAAUAUGAUGGUUUGAAUAUGCAUAUUACUAGUUACUUGGAUGGCUUGCUAUUAGGGUACUCUUUUUGAAGGAAAUAAGGCUUUGGAUUACCUUCUAAAAUGCCCCAAACUAGAUUGGUUGUUUCA